AUGGCGAACAUGACCAUGAGGUGGUCCAAGCGCAUCGCCCACCGCCUUUCCCUUGCUAGAUUGUGGAUGAAAGGCAGCGGCACCAAGAAGCCCCGUGAGCUUGGUGAACGCGUCAUCGACCACCGCUUCCACCCUCGCCAGUGGAUCCUGCUAACGGAGCCAGCGCCUAAGGCCACGCCCAGAUGCCACAAGCUGCUCAAUGUCACCACCCGAAAGAUCAUCAAGGUCGAUCUGCCGGAGCUCGAUGGCAACGCCGUGCUCCUAGGUCCUGACGCGGCAUCAGAGGGCAUGCUAGUGGUGUGCGAGAGGACUCUCAUCAUGCGUGACUGGGCUAGCAUGCCACCACUGGUAGCGGAGAACGUCGCUGACUACCUCUGGGACAGCGACGCUUUCAUGUGGUUCCGCUUGGUGUGCAAGCUGUGGAUGAACGACAGUGGCACCAAGAAGCCCUGUGUGCUCUGUGAAUGUGUCAUCGACCACCGCUUCCACCCUCACCAGUGGAUCCUACUGACGGAGCCGGCACCUAAGGCCAAACCCACGCACCGCAAGCUGCUCAAUGUCACCACCUAA